UCAGAUCGAUUUGGACUUCGGAGUGGACGAGACGAGACUCUAUGCCCAAUUAGAGUUCCGUGAGCGUCGAUCGUGCGGUCGGAUAACGGCUUUUCAGAUGGACCAUAAUUUUAAUUAAAUAACUUUGCAAAGUGGAUUAAUAACAAUCGUGUUCCCUGUGUCUGUGCGUGAGUGUGUGUGAGUGUGAGAAGUAUAAACUCUUGAUUUUGCACUAAAGAUUAAAUCAGCAACGAAAAGAAACCCUCAGAUAAAGCAAAUCACAUAAAACAACCGCAAAUUAUUGCACAUUUGCAGCAAAACAAACAGAAAGGCAUAGAGUCCAAGUGAACGGUUCUUAAGCGCGUUCUCCUUUUUGCCAACAAGAGUGAGGAGCACAGAUAUAGAAGCUUGAAGGGGAACUAAAAAGAACGGUUCGCGCCUUAAAAUAAAAUCAAAUUCAUAUACAGAAUUAAUGCCGUUUAGAAGCUAAAAACACAAAACAAAAGUGCGUUGUGCCAACUAAAUACUUUUACUAAGUAUAUCAACUCGCGGGUGAUCAUCCGGAAUAUCCAGAAUACCCGUAAUUAUCCGUUUUUCCCGUAAUAUUCGUGACAUUCGAGCAGAGCAAGCCACUUCGAUGCAACUUCGAGUGCACCCUACUAUGGACUGUAGCGGUCGUUCAAACAGCAAUAUUGAACGCGAUUCCGAUCUGGGAGACGAUUUGUCACAUGGUGAUCGAACAGACGACGAGAUGCGCGACUGCGACUCCGUGGAUGGAGAGCAUCAUCAGCUGAGCGCCAAGGCGGCGAUUGCAGCCCGCUUAAGUCACACAGUUUCCGGCGGAGGAGGGAACUUCGCUAGUCCCGAGCCACAGACCGAGUUGCCCCUGAGCCAUCACCAUCAACUGCCGCCGAAUCAUCCGCUCAACGCUCUGGGCAGCUUCAUGGGCAUCGGCGGACUACACAGCAUUCCAAAUCUCCAGCACAGCGAUGUGCUCGAGAAGCUCAAGAUGCAGGUGCGCGACAUGAAGGUGGGACUGAUGGAACAGGAUUACGCGGCCGCAGCUCAUGCCGCUGCUUUCGGGGCCAAUAUGCUGCCCACGACGAUCAACUCUGGAUUCCCGCUGCCCCACAAUUCGGUGGCUGCGGCGGCGGCAGCUGCCUCUUUCGGUCACGUGACCUCCGCACCGAGUGGCGGCAAUGGGGGUAGCUACAACGGAGGCACCAACACCACGCCCAGCUCCAACAGUAACGCGGCCAGCAAUGGAGGCGGCAACAGCGGACCAGGCGGUACCGGAGGAUCAGGUGGCGGAGGAGGAGGUGGAGGAGUAGGAGUGGGUGGCCACCAGUUCUCGUUUGCAUCCCCCACAUCAGCGCCGAGCGGCAAAGAAGCCCGCCACUUUGCAGCCAAUUCCGCAUCCAACUCGUCGACGUCCAGCGAGGCUUCCAAUUCAUCGCAGCAGAAUAAUGGAUGGAGCUUUGAAGAGCAGUUCAAACAAGUCAGACAGCUCUAUGAAAUCAAUGACGACCCCAAGCGCAAAGAGUUCCUGGACGACUUGUUCUCGUUUAUGCAAAAGCGCGGUACGCCGAUCAAUCGGCUGCCGAUCAUGGCCAAAUCGGUGCUGGACCUCUACGAGCUGUACAAUCUGGUGAUAGCCCGCGGCGGGCUGGUGGAUGUUAUCAACAAGAAGCUGUGGCAGGAGAUCAUCAAGGGGCUGCAUCUGCCGUCGAGCAUCACCAGUGCCGCCUUCACCCUGCGCACCCAAUACAUGAAGUAUCUGUACCCGUACGAGUGCGAGAAGAAGAACCUGAGCACGCCGGCGGAGCUGCAGGCGGCCAUCGACGGCAAUCGCCGGGAAGGACGUCGCUCCAGCUACGGCCAGUACGAGGCCAUGCACAACCAGAUGCCGAUGACGCCCAUUUCGCGACCCUCUCUGCCGGGUGGCAUGCAACAAAUGUCGCCUCUGGCUUUGGUCACACAUGCCGCGGUGGCCAAUAAUCAACAGGCUCAGGCUGCUGCCGCCGCCGCCGCAGCUCAUCAUCGCCUGAUGGGAGCUCCCGGCUUUGGCCAGAUGCCCAACUUGGUCAAGCAAGAGCUCGAGAGCCGUAUGAUGGAGUAUCUGCAGCUGAUCCAGGCCAAGAAGGAGCAGGGCAUGCCGCCUGUUCUGGGCGCCAGUCAUCCCCACCAGCAGCAGCACUCACAACAGCAGCAACUCCAGCAGCAGCAACAUCAGCAGCAGCAGCAGUCGCAGCAGCAACACCACCUGCAGCAGCAACGCCAGCGCUCCCAGAGUCCGGACCUGAGCAAGCACGAGGCACUGAGCGCUCAGGUGGCUCUAUGGCACAUGUACCACAACAACAACAGCCCACCGGGAUCGGCACACACCUCGCCGCAGCAACGCGAGGCCCUGAACCUGUCCGACUCGCCGCCAAAUCUGGCAAAUAUAAAAAGGGAACGCGAACGUGAACCUACGCCGGAGCCCGUGGACCAAGACGACCAGCCCCACCAGCCGCCCCCAGCCAAGCGCGUGGGCAGUGGCCUCCUACCACCAGGCUUCCCUGCCAACUUCUACCUGAAUCCCCACAACAUGGCCGCUGUAGCAGCGGCCGCCGGAUUCCAUCAUCCUUCCAUGAACCACCAGCAGGAUGCCGCCUCCGAGGGCGAACCUGAGGACGAUUACGGCCAUGCCGAGCACAAUACCACGGGCAACUCUUCGUCGAUGCACGAUGAACAUGAGCCACAGCAGAUGAACGGCCACCACCACCAGAACCACCAGCUGGACAAGUCCGACGACUCGGCCAUUGAGAACUCUCCCACAACAUCGACCACCACCGGUGGCUCGGUGGGCCAUCGCCACAGUUCGCCCGUUUCCACCAAGAAGAAGGGCGGUGGCAAGCCCCAGAGCAGCGGAAAGGAUCUGCCAGCCGAGGACAAGGAUGCGUCCACUGGCAAGCUCAACCCCCUCGAGACGCUGAGCCUGCUGUCCGGCAUGCAGUUUCAAGUGGCAAGAAAUGGAACUGGCGACAACGGCGAACCACAGCUGAUUGUCAAUCUGGAGCUUAAUGGCAUCAAGUACUCGGGAGUGCUGGUGGCCAAUGUGCCGCUGUCCCAGGGCGAAACAAGGACGAGCUCACCCUGCCACGCUGAAGCACCCGUAACCGAGGAAGAGCACGACGGCGAGGAGCCGAAAGCUGGUGAAGAGGAAUCGGAAUCACAUAGAUCGCCAGUUAAGCAGGAGAACGUGGAAGCCGAUGACCAGGACAUGGAGGCCAACGAGGUCCUUGUGAAUGGAGGUGGUGCUGCAGGCGUGGGUGUCCCCCUGCUAAAGGAUGCCGUGGUCAGCUAGAGAGGAUAGCGAGGGAGAUAACGGCAAGGGAAGGAAGGAAAGGAAUACCAAAGUCAUAUUUUUCAGAAAAAUACAAAAGCAGUUCAACUCACACAAGCACACAGAUGCCGAACCCAAAUGUACAUACACACGCAUGCGGCAGGAGCACAGGAGCAGGACAUGGGCAGGAUGUGGCCAUUGUUGAGGCCAGGACAAGAAAAGCGCAUUAGGCGCAUCCCAGCAUUCGAUGUUCAUAUAUGUAUUCAGCAUUCAUGCAGCACCGUCCCCCAGCGCCGCCAGUAGAGGAUCAUACAAAUAUAUAUACAUACAUAUAUAUAUUAUAGAAAGUAUAUAGGAUACGUGUGUGUGCUCUAUUCCCACAUUUGCAUAAAAGACAAGCCAGCGAGCGUGUAGUUAUCGAUAGCCAUUACUUACAUAAGCGAGUGCAUCACUUCGGAUGCAUCCAAACAAGCAUACAUAUAUAUACAAUAUAUGAUAUAUGAUAUAUGAAUUAGGCUACGAAUUCCCAGAAACCAAUUUGUUUUUAGCGUGAAAUCUGUUUUAUCCUCUUACGAACCUCUCUUUUUGUGUUAGGCUGCAAGGCUUCUGUACAUAUCAAUCAAUACUUAGCUCGUAGACCAUAUACUAUAUACUAUAUACUAUAUAUAUAUAUUAUCGGAACGUAGUUGGUAAGAACACAUUCACACAUCAGUGCACACACACACAAACACACUCACCGCUAACACACAUGCAUAUCCAUUAUGACCGCAUCGUAGACAUAUUUUAGACAUAAAACCAACACAAGUAAUAAGCAUAAAUGUAUCUGUCGUAAAAUUAAAUUGCGCUUUUGGCACCCACACACGA